GCACGUAUCUUCUUCUUCUUCGUCUUUAAUCAAACCAAUUUAUUACUCUGAUUAUUAUUUCGCAAUUAGGUAAAAAACCACCGGAGUUUCGAUUUUCCGAUCAUCAGCAAUCAACUUCUUCGCCGGAGAUCACCAAACACGAACUAAUCACAGUUCUCGAAUUAACUGAAAUCGAAUCUAAGAAGAUGAAGAGGAAGAACAAAGGUAGGUGAUGAAUAUUGAGAUCGAUUUUCAAUCAACGUUUAACGAAGAUGGUGAUGAUUUCUCAUAACUUGAAUUUGAUUUUGGUGAUCAUAAUCGUAAUCGGAGGAUCUGUUUCUUCCUCGGCGGCUAAUUUCACCGAGCCUUGUAACGGAAGAUGCGGUGGAUUGACUCUGCCUUAUCCUUUCGGAUUUUCAAACGGUUGUUUGAUCCGAUUUGAUUGCUCUACGGUGGAGAAACCGAUGAUCGGAGACUUUUCCGUCCAAAACGUGACGGAAGACGGUAUAUUUGUCGGUCUCCCUCACAAUUGUACUCGGAAGAUUGAAGAUAUGAGACCGCUAUUCAGCGAGCAUUUCGCACCGACGUCGGAGAAUAGUUUCCUAAUGGAGGAUUGUGUGAAUACAACUGAUGGAUGCUCUAUCAAGCAGAAGUUCUUGGAGAAUGUGCUGAAUCUGGAAAGUUGCGAUUCCUCGGGAAACAUAAGCUGUUUUUCUUUAGAUAGUAAUUCGAGUUUGAGGAAUUCAGCUAAGUUUUUCAGUAUGAAGGAAUUGAGGAACAGCUCGUGUAGUUUGUUGUUCUCGUCGAUAGCUUUCGAGUCUGUAGGUGUGAAUGCGGGUAUAGCGCUAGAGUUUGAGCGAGUUAGGUUAGGUUGGUGGCUAAAGGGAGGUUGCGAGAGCGGAACUUGCGCGGCUAACACCAAUUGUACAGACGUUGAAACUCCUCAUGGAUAUGCAGGACACCGGUGCUCAUGUCUUGACGGUUACCAUGGAGACGGAUACAUCAACCCUUGCCAGAGAGCACUACCGGAAUGCCGUGGUUCCAAGCUCGUCUGGCGACAUUGUAGAUCUAAUCUUGUUACUAUUAUAGGAGGAACUGUUGGUGGAGCGUUUUUACUAGCUGGCUUGGCUCUUUUGUUCUAUUGUAAGCGGAGACGGUCUACUCCUUUGAGAAGCCAUUUAAGCGCAAAGCGGCUUUUGUCUGAAGCUGCAGGGAACUCAAGUGUCGCCUUUUUCCCUUACAAGGAAAUCGAGAAAGCAACAGAUGGUUUCUCUGAAAAGCAGCAGCUAGGAGUAGGCGCAUACGGUUGUAUCGAUGAGAUUAUAGACCCCAUUCUUGACCUGGAUCUCGACGCAUGGACUCUCUCAUCAAUACACACAGUGGCUGAGCUCGCAUUUCGAUGCUUAGCCUUCCACAGCGACAUGAGACCGACAAUGACUGAAGUAGCAGACGAGCUCGAACAGAUACGACUCAGCGGUUGGAUUCCAAACAUGAGCUUGGAUUCACCAGCCGGUUCUCUCCGGUCAUCUGAUCGAGGAAGCGAACGAUCAGUUAAACAAUCAUCAACAGGAAGCAGAAGAGUCAUUAUCCCUCAGAAACAACUGGAUAACCUCGCUUCCGUUGAAGAGAUUAGCGAUAGCUCACCUAUCUCAGUUCAAGAUCCUUGGUUAAGUGCACAGAGCUCACCUUCUACAAAUACACUGCUCGGUAACAUUCCAAGGUGAUAAUGAGAUCUGAAAACACUUUUACCACUUUCUUGUUUAUAUAUAAGUCCCUCUUUUGUGUAGCUUUCACAAUCGUUCAGUGUUUAUAAUGCUAAGUAGAGAGAUUAACAAUGGAGAAAACAGGUUUAUACUUGAGUUAUAAUGUAAACGAUCUUGAAACAAGAUCUUUCACUCAGUACCACAUAAAUUUUAGUAAGAAUC